AAGACCAAAAUCGACAAAGCGACGAUCGACGACCCCUGUAGCAGCCAGAGCUAGCUAGCAGUAGAACAGCUUGAUAAAUACUUAUUGAUUGUCCACGUUCCUGACUAUGCGCUUCCCCGGAAAGCUUGAGCCGCCAUGGCCAUGGUCAAGAAGGUACCGACGAAGACCCUUCUCAGCCUCGCCCACCUGCUAUGUGUUGCUACCCUUUCCCAUGCCACCUCGCUUAGCUUCAGCUACAACUUCUCCGCUCCCGGCGCCCUCACCAGCCCCGACCUCAAGUACAUGUCCAACGCCACAGCCGCCGGCGACCGGAUCGACCUGACGAAGAACACGAGCUGGAGCACGGGGCGUGUGGCGUACGGGCAGCCGGUGCAGCUCUGGGACAGCGCCGGCAAGGUCGCCAGCUUCACCUCCAACUUCACCUUCGUCAUCAAGUCGCGCAACAGCAGCGCUCAGGGCGACGGCAUGGCGUUCUUCAUCGGGACGUACCCCCCGGACCUCCCGCAGGAUUCCAACGGCGGCUUCCUCGGGCUCGUCAACAACCCCUUCAACCCGGCCAACACCUACUUCCCGGCGACCGUCGGCGUGGAGUUCGACGCGUUCAGGAACGACUGGGACCCCAAGAGCACCAUGAGCCACGUCGGGGUGGACGUCAACAACAUCUCGUCGGCGGCGUACGCGGCGCUGCCGGACGGGUGCUUCAACGGGAUCAUGUCGGCGUGGGUCAGGUACGAUGCCAACGCGAGCACGCUCUCCGUGACCCUCCGGUUCGACGACCAGCCAGGGCUGGGCAUCUACAACGUCACUGCCUCCGUCGACCUCAGGGCGGAAGGGCUGCCGCAGCAAGCGGCGGUGGGGUUCUCGGCGGCCACCGGGAGUUAUGUCGAGAGCCAUCAGAUCCUUUCUUGGUCGUUCGAGUCCACUCUCACCAACGUUGUCGCCAUCAACAAGACCGCAACAACGACAUCAAAGAGUACAAAGACAACAAACGUAGGCCUAAUUGCCGGGUUGGCAUCCGCUGGGAUCGUCGUCAUGCUUCUCAUCAUAGCGGCGUGGCUCCGCUACCGCGAGUACCAGAAAAGAAAGGGCACCAAGCAAAGGCAAGCGUCACCACGAGACAUGGACGAUGAGUUCAAGAAGGGGACAGGGCCUCGGAGGUUCACCUACAGACAACUAUCGCGGGCGACACGGCGAUUCUCCGACGACGCCAAGCUCGGGGAGGGCGGCUUCGGUUCAGUCUACCGUGGGUUCCUGCCGGAUCUGGGGCUCCAUGUGGCCAUCAAGAGGGUCUCCAAGACGUCCAAGCAGGGGAGGAGGGAGUACAUCUCUGAGGUGACCAUCAUCAGCCGCCUCAGGCAUCGCAACCUUGUGCAGCUCGUCGGGUGGUGCCACGAGGGCGACGACCUCCUGCUCGUCUACGAGCUCAUGACCAACGGCAGCCUGGACACCCAUCUCUACAGCAGAACAAACGUCCUAACGUGGCCAAUCAGGUACAACAUCAUUCUCGGCAUGGGCUCGGCUCUCCUGUACCUUCACCAGGAGUGGGAGCAGUGCGUGGUGCACCGGGACAUCAAGCCCAGCAACGUGAUGCUGGACUCGUCGUUCAACGCGAAGCUGGGUGACUUCGGCCUCGCACGCCUCGUCAGCCACACCCGCGACGCGCACACCACCAUGGUCGCCGGCACCAGGGGCUACAUAGACCCCGAGUGUGCCGUGACCUGCCGAGCCACCACCAGGUCCGACGUCUACAGCUUCGGCGUCCUCCUCCUCGAGAUCGCCUGCGGCCGGAAGCCCGUCGUCCACGAGGAGGACGAGAGCAAGGUGCUGCUCGUGCGGUGGGUCUGGGAGCUGUACGGGAGGGGCGAACUCCUCGGCGCGGCGGACGCGCGGCUGCUCGACGGUGGCGAGGCCGGUGCGCUGGAGGUGGAGUGCGCGCUGGUCGUGGGGCUCUGGUGCGUGCACCCGGACUCCGCGUCCCGGCCGUCCAUCCGGCAGGCCAUGAACGUGCUCCAGUUCGAGGCGCCGCUGCCGGAGCUCCCGCCUGAGAUGCCCGUGGCAACGUACGGGCCGCCUGUGCCUGCUGGCGGGGGUUACCAGCCGAGCAACACCACGUCCACGUCCGGUACCGGGAGUGCCAGCAGCAGAGUGCACUCGUCGGCUACUGACCAGACGGCGCACUCGUCCGCGUCGUCGGCGAUGAGCAGCGCCCCGGGAACACGCUCUCUCGCCACAUCCAACACGAGGAGUGAAACACGGGUGUGCACGUGAAUCCAACAGCGGAAGCUCAGGCAUGACUGGGCAAUUUCAGUCAAUAAGCUGCCCGUCCUAGCUAGCUCUUGCUGUUACAUCGUUGGAUGGGUAUAAUACUGGGAAGUAACAGUAUUAGGUUGUGGCCACUUCUGCAGAAGGCAGAGAUCAAACAUGCAAAAUUGCAAAGCGUUAGGCCUGCCUGCUCCUGGAGAUGCUUAAUUUUCAACUCAACUGUGCCAUCACGGUUUCCCCCUUGAUUUUUGCCUCCAUAUGAUUUCAAUCAAUAUUCAGUUGGUUUUAGGAUUUUUUUUCGUGAUAGCAAAGGUGGGUGAGUUUUUUUUAUAAAAGAUAAUAGAUCCAAUGGUUGUGAAGACUAGAGUUU